UUUUCUGAAACAUGUGACUCAAAAUUGUUUUAAUUUUUUUUUUUUUGAAUUUAUCUUUAUCAACUUCAAUACAUCAUCAUGGAAGAAUAUGAUAGUUUGGAAAUUUUCUGCGAUACAAUGUUACACAGAUAUUAUGAUCUGUUGAUUGAUCAUCAUCAAUUUAUUGUCGAAUCAAUAAUGCCCAUAACGUAUGUUCAUUUUAAGAAUGAAUUGAUUUGGUUGGAAAUUCUCAAAAAUCGUGAAAUUCGUCAAGCUUUAACAUCAAUGUUUCGUAAUUACCAGAAAGAUGAAGAAAAUUUUGUCGAAAUUAAAGGAGCUAAACAACUGAUCGAUAGAACUGGGAAGCUUUUGGUCGGAGCCAUAUCAUGUUUGCAGCUUUAUGUCAUUGAUAAUUUUCUAUUUCAUAUCGAUCGAAGUCAGAAGAAAUCCUACGAUGAUUGUCUAGAGUUUGUCAUAGAUUUUUUCAAUCUCGAAAGUAAAAACGGAGAUAUUCAUUGUAUUGAAUAUUCUCUUGAUAUUGAUGGUGAAACUAUUUCUCCAUUGGCAAGAAAUGUUGAAUUAUUGAAAAUAUGUCGACUUGUAUUCGAAUUUUUGAAUCGAAAAUUCAAUACCUUCUUUCAAAAUCAUCCUGAUGAACAAUUGUACUUUAUUUUAUGGUCAAUGCGUUCGGCCAUUAUCCAUCAAUUAUCACUUUCAUCUUCAACUGGGAAGCUUUAUGAUGAAAUCCUCGAUUAUUCGAACACAAUAGAAUCGAUUCUUGCAUCAAAUGAAAAAAUAGGCCGUUCAUUCAAAAUGAACUUGUUUACCGAAUUGGUCAAUAUAUUUACAGCUUUUGGCGAUCAAGAAAAUUCGAAAAAAUUCAUGUCGUUGGCUAAAACCCAUUCCGAUAUUUCAUUCAAUUUGAUUGGUCGACUUGGAAUGCGAACUCAAUUUCAAACAAAACCAGUUUCACAAUUGAUGGUCAAUCUCAAACGAUUAUCAGACGAUCAUAACAAAGAACAGCAGAAUAGUGAAGUUAAAAUCACGAUAGCUAUGCCAUUUAAUGAACCUUUGGAGGAUAAUACGCUUCUGCAAGAAGUAAAAUUCAUUAAUGAAGAAACAUCUCAAUCCAAACAAAUCGUCAAUUUAAAGCCUAUUGAACAAUCGUUAAUGGUCACUUGGAUCAAAUUUCAACAACGAUUUGGAUCAUCAACCGAUGAACUUUUACGUGAAGAAUUGUUGACCUUCAUUUAUUUCCUUCUGCAACAUUGUGACCAUUGGAUUAUGCAGUUUAUUCUAUUGGAAAUGCGAAGUCUUCAAGAACGUUCGAUGCGUAGACGGGUGGAACGUUCAUUGAAACAGCUUCAAACCCUCUACGAAACAAUACGUUACCCCAAUGAAAAAUUUUUUCCCGAACAAGUAUUUCAGCGAAUACGAUAUUUUUAUUCGACAAUUUCAAAUCCAUUCUGGAGAAUAGAAAAGCAUUAUGCAGAUCUAUUAUUUGCUCUGGGUGUCUACAAAUCAGCUUUGGAUGUCUAUCUUCGAUUACUAAACUGGCGUGAAAUGAUCGAAUGCUAUAGAAAGAUUGGCUUGCUGCAUAAAGCCGAGGAAAUAAUUCGUGAAAAAUUGACCGAAAAUCAUAACCAACCUGACAUGCAUUGUUUAUUGGGCGAAAUAACCGGAGAUCUUGAUUGUUUCCAUUAUUCAUGGAAAAUAUCGAAUAAUCAAUAUGCUCGAGCACCGAAAUUGCUUGGUCUACAUUAUUUUAAUAUUAAAGAUUAUGAUAAUGCUUUGGAAUAUUUUCGAAAAUCAAUUGAUGUCAAUUCCAUGCAAGCCGAUGUUUGGUAUCGUAUGGGUUAUAUUGGUUUAAUUCAGGAAGAUUGGAAUCUUUCUGUCAUGGCUUAUAGAAAAGUACUGCAAUUCGAUACUGAUUCAUUUGAAGCGUGGAAUAAUCUGUCCAAAGCUUAUAUCAAACUCGGGGAUAAAGAACGAGCAAUGAAAACAUUACAAGAAGCCAUUAAAUGUAAUUUUGAACAAUGGAAAAUUUGGGAAAACUAUAUCGCCGUUUGUGCCGAUCUUGGCGAAAUUUGGGAAAUCAUUCAUGCAUGGCAUCGAUUAAUAGACAUCAAAGGAACAUAUUUAGAUGAUCAAGUAGCUGAAAUACUCGUCAAAUGUCUUCAAGAACAUUCAAAUGAUCAACGAUUAAUUUCGAAAUCCUUAGAACUAUUCGGACGUAUAACGAGUACGUCACCUGGAACGGCAAAAAUCUGGAAUCUAUAUGCCCGAUUGUUACUAAUGGCAAAUCGUGACCGAGAUGAUGUGAUGAAAAUUGAACAAUGUUUGCAAAAAUCACAACGUCAAAUAUUGCUGAGUGAUUGGGAGAAAGAUGUCUACAAGAUUAUUGAAGUUUUGAGCCAUUUUGAAGAUGUAGCCGUGAAUAUUUUAGAAUUUAUUAAAAAAUAUCCACCAAAACUUCGCACAACAUUAGGUUCAUUCCGACUGUCGCUAAACUCUAUUGUGGGGCAAGUAAACAAAACGAGAUCAGAUUUACCUAUAACAGAACCAUCAACAUUGGAAAAAUUAAACGCAAAAUUCGACGCAAUCUUACAUAUACAGAAUCAAGUCAUGGAUACUUUGAAUAAGUGAAUCAUAAUAAUCAAUAUUAA